CUAUGCCCCUAUUGAGCCUAUUUUUUGAAGAAACAGAACAAUAAAGUUCCUUCGCACCGAAACCAAAUACAUAGAAGAUAAAGGGCAACCAAGGCACUACAAAUAACAAAAGCCUUUCAAUAUCUCAAACAAGACGUAGGGUUCAAACACCGUUGAUUUAGAUCUAAACCAACAUCCUUCUUUCUAUUUUUAAGCCACCACAAUGAGUCUCCUUUAAUCUUAUCAACCAAUUGAUCCUUGAAAAAAACCUAUUUUUUAACCGGUGUAAAUUCCCCUUAUAUAUCUUACCGGUUGAAUUCACACCAGAUCAAAACUAGUGUAACAGAUAAAAAAAAAAAUGAAUGAAAAAUCACCUUCAUGCACUAGUGAUAUAUUUUUUCACAUUCAAUGUGUUAAUCAGAAGGAUCCAUGUACUAUUCAGAAUAUUGCAUAUGGACAACAAUAUAUUGAGAGAACGUAAAGAUAAAAUAUAUAGCCUCUACACAAAAUCACAUGCAUAUAUAGUCAUCCAUGCAUGCAUGCAUGUUAGUAUUAGAAACAUAGUUAGGUACGUAAAAAAGUAGAAUUUACAAUUAACAAAUGAUGUUAGUAUUCCCUCUAUUUAAAUGCUCUCCAACGCCCAUUAUUAUGAUAUGUCAUGAGCAUAUGUCUUCCUUCAUGUACAACUCUCUCACUCUCUCUCUUUUUCUCUCUCAUACAAAAAUAUAAUAAUGGACAAAAAAGAGUGCAAUUCUUCUCAUCAAGAUCCUGAUGUACGAAAAGGACCAUGGACUAUGGAAGAAGACAUGAUCUUGAUCAAUUAUAUUGCAAAUCAUGGUGAAGGUGUUUGGAACUCCUUGGCAAAAUCUGCUGGUCUUAAACGUACCGGAAAGAGUUGUAGACUCCGUUGGCUAAACUAUCUUCGACCGGAUGUUAGACGAGGAAAUAUUACACCCGAGGAACAACUCUUAAUCAUUGAACUUCAUGCAAAGUGGGGAAACAGGUGGUCCAAAAUCGCGAAACAUCUACCGGGGCGAACCGAUAAUGAGAUAAAGAAUUAUUGGAGGACUAGGAUUCAGAAACAUAUCAAGCAAGCUGAGAAUUCACAACAACAAAGUUCUUCUGAUAUUCAAAUAAAUGAUAAUGAUAAUCAAAUAGGAAGCACUAGUCAAAUUUCAGCCAUGCCCGAGCCAAUGGACAUAAAUAUUAUCUCACCACCCUCUUACCAAGGAAUGUUGGAACCAUUUCCAAAUCAAUUUCCUACAAUUUCUGAUCAAUCAAGCUGUUGUACCAAUGACAAUAACUAUUGGAGCAUGGAAGAUCUCUUGUCAUUGCAAUUACUAAAUGGAGAUUAAUUAAGCUUAUAAAUGGAUUAUUAUAUAAUAUAUAUAAACUUAAGUGCUUAAUUUCCAUGAAGCAGAAGUAUAUUUCUAUGCCUUGAUACAUAUUAAUUAGGCUUGUUUAUAUAUAAAUAGUUUGAUGAUGUUUGGUGACAAAGUACUAUAUAUGGGUUAUGUUCUGUAAUAUAUAUAGGAGC